UUCCUCUGGUUGGUGUCUAUUAUCAAGAAGCGUUACAUUUGUUUUUCUGUCGGAGCAUGCUCAUAUUAAACUAUUCUCUUGUUUAUUCAGGAAUCCAUAGUUUUAUGAUAACGAGGAAUUCAAGCUUUUACAGUUACAGCACAUCAUGGAUUUGACUGUGUUUUUUAUUUGCCGUUUGAAUAGCCCAUGAUUUUCCCAAAAGGCCCAUGCUUCGAUCUUAUCCCCUCAGCUGGACAGCUGUGAAAUGUACAGGUGCUGGUGCUGCAAAUUUAGGUUACAACCAAGAAGAGCCCUUCAGAUUGUAAUGGAGGGAAGGGAGGGCGUUGCAGUGGCAGGAGGCCAUGAAUCCGGUCACGGUCUCUUCAGAGCAGACAUAACCAUGACAGAGGCGCAAGAAGCAGCAAAGAGGUACCAAUCCUCUCCUUCCUCGCCGUCGACGUCCCCCACACCGUCCCCGCCCCCGGCCGAAGCUGGCCACGGAGGGGAUGCCACCGCAACUCCGCUUGCGUGGAGUCUUGGUGGGGACAAGCCGAGCGAGGCCGCGGGGGACAACGGCAUGCAGACGGCUGGGCAGAGUGAGCAUGCCAGCUUGAGCUCCGGUCGGCGCAGGGGCCGCCCGCGCGGCUCCGGCAGGCGCCAGAUCCUAGCCACUCUUGGGGAAUGGUAUGCGCUGUCAGCUGGAGGGAGUUUCACACCUCAUGUCAUCAUCGUGGGUACUGGGGAGGAUGUGGCGGCGCGCAUAAUGUCGUUUUCUCAGAAGGGUCCACGCUCGGUUUGCAUCCUCUCUGCCAAUGGGACAAUAUCUAAUGUAACAUUGAGGCAGCCGGAUUCAUCUGGUAGCACCUUCACCUAUGAGGGCCGUUUCGAGAUUCUGCAAUUGAUGGGCUCCUUCACAAUGGCUGAGGAAGGCAGGAGGAGAACUGGUGGGCUCAGCGUCUCCCUUGCUGGCCCUGAUGGCCGUGUAGUUGGCGGUGUAGUGGCCGGGAUGCUGCGUGCUGCCAGCCCUAUACAGGUGAUCGUGGGAAGCUUCCUGCCCAACAGCUUGAAGCAGCAUCAGAAGAGGAUGAACCUGCAGCAACAAGCAUCCGCUAUCCCGGCACUGCCAGCACCAACGGCGCCCCAUCCCGUCCUCACAGCGGCAACGCCAAUCUCCCAGGCAGCUCCCGGCAACGGCUUCCAUGCGCCGUCGCCCUCCGCCGCGCCCCCGCAGCUGCAGCCCUGCGCCAGCGCGGAGGAGCACGGCGCCAUGAACCUGAACGCGACGGGGUUCACCAUGGUCGGCUGGCCUGCGAGCUCACAGCCGGUGGCGCGCAGGGCUUCCCCUGACAUCAACGUCAGCUUGACCCCCCAGGAGUAGGAGAAGUGAUUGCCAUUUUUUUUGUCGCCUGAUCCCUGACGCAUUUUGUAGGGCGUGGCACUUGAUGCCCCAUGUGUGGUACUAGCCGACCAGCUAAGCGUGCUUGGGUGGGGAGAAACUAGUGAUGUUAAUCUAGCCAGGAUCAGUAGAAGUUGUAGAACGUGGUAGAUGCUCAGAGUGGAGAGAGAUGCCAAUUUGUUGGGUUACUGUUGUUGAAUCUGGCCAUGACUGUGGCAGUUGAUUUAGACAUUUAGUUCUAGUCCCUUUCUAUCAGUCUGCCUUGCAAAUGCAGUUGCGCAUGCUGGGUUGUGUGCACUUGAGCACUUGUGCUCUGCAACCUGUUCUGUUGUUGCCUA